ACGAUGCCUUCGAAUUAUUUAAGUUGCGCUCUGCAAUUUUAUACCGCCAUGAUCUAUAUACAUUUGCAGAUGUAACGGUGCACGGGAAACUGAGAAUGGUGGAAACUCGCGGUUGUUAAGAUUAAUGUAGAAGAUAUUGGUGCGUUUUUCUCGCGCUCGAAAAUCUCUCGCGUGACGUAUGGAGAGAUCGAUGUCGGAACAAAUGGCUUCGCAAACGCAGACAGAAACGAUCUCCGAAGCGGAUGUCGCCGACUCCGGGUCACAGGAUGUACCUAAAGUCCGAUUACGUUUACGAAAACCGAAAUCAAACAAGAAGGUUCAAUGGACUCAGGGGACUGUCGAUAAUGAAAAUUUAAACAAGAAGAAAUCUAAAUGUUGUUGUAUUUAUGAAAAACCAAAAACUUUUGGUGAAAGUAGUAGUUCAGAAGAUAGUGACGACGAAUGCGAACAUUGUCAUGGACAUAAGGAUGCUCAUAAGAAAGUAUUACCUAAACCUGGAGAUCCCGCUCCGGACGGAAUGUCAUCACAUCCUGCAAAUUUCUUAUAGAGCCGAUUGCAACAGGUUCAACUUAGAUAAUUUACAUUAACAAACUCUUCUCUAAAUGGAAAAUACAUUUCUUUAUGCUAAUUCUUAAAUCAGUGUCAUAUCGAGAAAGUAUGGUGGAUUGUAGGUAAGCAAUUGCACAAUAUAUGAUUCGUUGAAAGAGCAAAAAAUUAUAUACGAUACAUAAAUUGAAGUACUUCUAUUUUUAGGUAUGCAAACUUUAAAUAUAAUUUUUUAUUAUAUUACAUUUAUAGCGAAUACGUGGAAUUUGUAUUACACCGCUUUAACAGUAUCACAUGGAAGAUUGUAAAAUGUUGUUAAGCGUCUGUUAAUAAUUGUUAAUUAUUAUACACAGGUCACGAUGUUGAGAGAAUAGUAAAGUCAUCAUUCUUCGAAAAAUAA